AUGUUGGUAGGCGCGCUCCGAGCGUUCGUCGACUGUGCAGCAAGUGAGGUCUUGGCGAUAGUCGUUCCUUCCCAACUUGGUAAACGUGCUCGAGCCAACGUUGUUUUCUUCGAAAGUGUUCUAUCAGAUUCCAACAUCAGCGGUAGAACAUACUUAAUACUUUAUCAGCAACGCGAGAUUUCUCUCGCAGUAGUCGACACAUCUAUGCCUACUCAUAUUGAGCGGUAUCGUUACCUCCCCCAAACUUGUAAAUUUUUAGAUGAUUGUCAUUCUGCAGAUAUACAACAGCCGCCGCUUGUGGCUGGGAAUAGCGUGGACUGUAUCCCCAUCUCUGGAACCAAAUGCAGCGUUCCCGGCGGCUGUCAAUAUCUUGGCAAUAUCUGCUUCUGGCAGACGAGUUACGAAAUAGAGUUGCUCGUUUUCCUCCUCAACCUUGAUAUCCUCAAUUAUUGGCUGCCGGCUGAGGAGGCCGCUCAGUUGGUUGACGUGCGCCCGCACCUCGAACAGCACUUUGAGCAGAGCCCUGUCUUCGUCUCUCUACUCGGCCUAGGCAACCACAUGCAAGCGGACCCGCUGCUGAAGCUUCGCUACGAUGAUCGAAGGUUGGAUGGAGCGAGGGUAGAUGUGAGUCCAGCAAUCUACCUUGUCGGAGACGUGAACGGCGUGAAGAUGAAGCGAAGUAUAUCGAAAGCUGUUGUCUGGGUCAAGGAUAAUUUAUGA